UCCCCCUUUGGCCCUGCUACUAUGUCCCGUCCCUGGACAGGGCGCGCCCCGCUGAAAAAGGGGAAAAAAACGGGCGUUUCGGGUGGUUUACCCCGUGUAAUUCCGGAGUUUGACUCGUUUGUGGCGCCGAGGAAGAAGAGGGGCGUGAAGGGGGUGCAGCCGCCGGGGCCGUUUGGGGAGGGGGAGGGGCCGCGGUAUGUGCGGACGAGGGAGGAGGUGCUUGGGGCGCCGCUGACACGAGAGGAGGUGGAUGAGAUGGUGAUGGAUUGCAACAAGGGGCGGCGGCAGGUGAACCUAGGCAGGGACGGGCUGAUCCACAACAUGCUGGAGCUCAUCCACACGCACUGGAAGCGGCGGCGGUGCGUGAAGGUCAAGUGCAAGGGCGUGCCUACUGUCGACAUGGAUAACGUGUGCCAAGUGGUGGAGGACAAGACAGGGGGGAGGAUCAUCAAGCGCCAGGGCGGCACCCUGUACGUUUUCCGUGGCCGAAACUACAACUACCGCCUGCGGCCGCGCCUGCCGCUCAUGCUGUGGAAGCCCCCUGCGCCCAUCUACCCGAAGCUCGUGCAAGACGCCCCUGGAGGGCUCACUCUGCGGCAGGCGCAGGAGAUGCGACGCAUUGGCAGGAAGAUCAAGCCGCUGUGCAAGCUGGCCAAGAACGGGGUGUACCACCGGCUGGUGGGCGUGGUGAGAGCGGGGUUUGAGGAGGCGGAUCUGGUGCGGGUGGAUUGCAGGGGGCUCAACAAGAGCGACUACAAGAAGAUCGGCGCCAAGCUGAGGGACCUGGUGCCAUGUAUCCUGCUCUCAUUCGACAAGGAGCACAUCCUUAUGUGGCGCGGGGCCGACUCGCAACAACCUUCCUCUGAAGCUUCCCCCGAAGCUUCAUUUGAAGCUUCCUCUGAAGCGAACCUGGGCCCGUCCUUCACCGACAGCGACAGCAACCCCAACGGCAUGGGAAGCCAAGCGGUUGUUGAUUCGGCGGAUGCUGCCACACAGCCACUACCAGCGGUGGUAGGAACCACUGCUGGAGCAGCAGCAGCAGCAGCAGAAAAUGCAGUAGGAGGAGGGGGCAGGAGGGAUGGCAGCAGCAGCGGCGACAGUGGGCGCGAGGGCGAGUGGGAUGACAACGACAGUGCCAGUGCAAGUGCAAGAAGCCAGAGUCAUGGAGUCUCUCCGAGCCAUGAGGGGGAUGUUGGUGUUGGCUGUGAGUGGAGGGAUCCAGUUGGGCCGUUCUCCUCCACUACUGCUGCUGGUGGUGAUGCGGGCUAUGAUGAGUUUGAGGAGCUCUGGGAGAAGGCAACGAAGGCUGGAGAAAUAAUUCCGCUGAAUGGCUCCAAUUCCGAGACCCCGUAGUUACACGGUAGGUACUUGGUACAAAGGCUUUGUACUGUAUUGUCUGCUGAUGUUUGUUAUUCCGACGCAUACCUAUGGUGCAUCACACCGCUGUACCGCCUGUGGUACUCGCGAAAGAUUGCAAUGCCUUUCAUCGAACUCU